UACCGGUCCGCUCUCCGCGGCUCCUUCCGUGCUUCAGUCUGCCCCGAAGCCUCUACCGGUCCGCUCCCCGCGGCUCCUUUUGUGCUUCAGUCUCUCCCGAAGCCUCUACCGGUCCGCUCCCCGCGGCUCCUUGCGUGCUUCAGUCUCUCUCCCGAAGGUGGAGGAGGCAACAUUGACAGUUGUUUAGACUACAGAAGAACAGCUUCUCAAUUUUUUUGUUGCCAUCAUCCUGAACGAAUGUGAAGGGCUGAAGGCCCUGACAGCCUUGAGCCAAGAUGAAGACUGUGUUCAUGGUUGCUGAGAAGCCUUCCCUGGCACAGUCCAUCGCCAAAAUCCUCUCUCGAGGGGGCAUGUCUUCACACAAGGGACUGAAUGGGGCAUGCUCAGUCCACGAGUAUAUGGGAACCUUCGCUGGCCAGCCAGUCCGCUUCAAGAUGACCUCUGUCUGUGGUCAUGUGAUGACCUUGGAUUUCCUAGGAAAGUACAACAAGUGGGACAAGGUGGACCCUGCAGAGCUGUUCAGUCAAGCUCCAACAGAGAAGAAGGAGGCCAACCCCAAGCUGAACAUGGUGAAGUUCCUGCAGGUGGAGGGCAGAGGCUGUGACUACAUUGUGCUGUGGCUGGACUGCGACAAGGAAGGGGAGAACAUUUGCUUUGAGGUCCUUGAUGCUGUUCUGCCUGUAAUGAAUAAGACCCACAAUGGUGAGAAGACAGUAUUCCGGGCCAGGUUCAGCUCUAUCACUGACACAGAUAUCUGUAAUGCCAUGGCCUGCCUGGGCGAGCCAGACCACAAUGAGGCGCUAUCUGUGGAUGCCCGCCAGGAGCUGGACCUACGCAUUGGCUGCGCUUUCACCAGGUUUCAGACAAAAUAUUUCCAGGGGAAAUAUGGUGAUUUGGACAGCUCUCUCAUCUCCUUUGGGCCGUGUCAGACUCCUACCCUGGGAUUCUGUGUGGAGAGACAUGAUAAAAUCCAGUCCUUCAAACCGGAGACCUAUUGGGUGCUGCAGGCCAAGGUGAAUGUUGAGAAAGACAAAUCUCUCCUUUUGGACUGGGACCGUGUAAGAGUGUUCGAUCGGGAGAUUGCACAGAUGUUUUUAAACAUGACUAAGCUGGAGAAGGAAGCCCAGGUAGAGGCCACCAGCAGAAAAGAAAAAGCCAAGCAGAGGCCACUGGCCCUGAACACUGUGGAGAUGCUGCGUGUAGCCAGCUCGGCUCUGGGCAUGGGACCUCAGCACGCCAUGCAGACCGCCGAGCGACUGUAUACACAGGGCUAUAUCAGCUACCCCCGGACAGAAACCACCCACUACCCUGAGAACUUUGACCUGAAGGGCUGUCUGCGGCAACAGGCCAACCACCCCUACUGGGCAGACACGGUCAAGCAGUUGUUGACAGAAGGUAUCAACCGCCCAAGGAAAGGCCAUGAUGCUGGUGACCAUCCUCCCAUCACCCCCAUGAGGUCUGCAACAGAGGAUGAAUUAGGGGGUGAUGCAUGGAGGCUCUAUGAGUACAUCACCAGACACUUCAUCGCCACAGUCAGCCAUGACUGCAAGUACCUCCAGAGCACCAUCUCCUUCCGGAUCGGGCCUGAGCUCUUCACUUGCUCAGGGAAGACUGUUAUCUCACCAGGCUUCACAGAGAUCAUGCCCUGGCAGAGUGUGCCCUUGGAGGAGAGCCUGCCCACCUGUCAGAGGGGUGACACAUUCGCAGUGGGUGAGGUAAAGAUGCUGGAGAAGCAAACGAGCCCGCCUGAUUACCUGACUGAAGCCGAGCUCAUCACACUCAUGGAGAAGCAUGGCAUUGGAACUGACGCCAGCAUCCCUGUGCAUAUCAAUAAUAUCUGCCAACGCAACUAUGUCUCUGUGGAGAGUGGCCGCCGGCUUAAGCCUACCAACCUUGGCAUUGUCCUGGUUCAUGGUUACUACAAGAUUGAUGCAGAGCUGGUGCUCCCCACUAUCCGCAGCGCAGUAGAGAAGCAACUGAACCUCAUUGCCCAGGGCAAGGCAGACUACCGCCAGGUCCUAGGCCAUACCUUAGAUAUCUUCAAGCGGAAGUUCCACUACUUCGUCGACUCCAUCGCUGGAAUGGAUGAGUUAAUGGAGGUGUCUUUUUCACCCCUGGCGGCCACAGGCAAGCCACUCUCACGCUGUGGAAAGUGCCAUCGGUUCAUGAAGUACAUUCAGGCCAAGCCAAGCCGCCUGCACUGUUCCCACUGCGAUGAGACCUACACCCUACCCCAGAAUGGCACCAUCAAGCUCUAUAAGGAGCUGCGGUGCCCACUGGAUGACUUCGAGCUGGUCCUGUGGUCAUCAGGUUCCCGGGGCAAGAGCUACCCAUUGUGCCCGUAUUGCUACAACCACCCACCCUUCCGAGAUAUGAAGAAAGGCAUGGGCUGCAAUGAGUGCACACACCCUACCUGCCAGCACUCACUGAGCAUGCUGGGCAUCGGCCAGUGCGUAGAGUGUGAGAGCGGAAUCCUGGUGCUGGACCCCACUUCAGGGCCCAAGUGGAAGGUGGCCUGCAACAAGUGUAAUGUGGUGGCUCACUGCUUCGAGAAUGCCCACCGCGUACGGGUGUCUGCUGACACCUGCAAUACUUGUGAAGCUGCCCUGCUUGAUGUGGACUUCAACAAGGCCAAGUCCCCACUGCCAGGCGAUGAGACACAGCAUACAGGCUGUGUUUUCUGUGACCCUGUGUUCCAGGAGCUGGUGGAGUUGAAGCAUGCAGCCUCCUGUCACCCCAUGCACCGCGGUGGGCCGGGGAGGAGGCAGGGCCGAGGGCGGGCCCGGGGCCGGCGGCCACCAGGGAAGCCCAACCCCAGGCGGCCAAAGGACAAGAUGUCAGCCUUGGCAGCCUACUUUGUAUGACAACUGUGUCUUCCCUCACCCAGGCUCCAAUUUGACGUAGACACAUCAUGAUGGUUGUCUUUGAACUACUGAAACCAUUAAAAUGAAUUUGUCUUCUCCAGA